AUGGCACCCUCCUCCUCCCACCCGAGCCGCAAAUCCCCAAGGGAGAAAAUGGCAAGCGCGAGCUCCUCCUCCAGGAUUCGCCGCCGGCAGGCGCAGGCGCAGGCGGAGGAGGCACAAGGAGCCGGGCAGGACCUCCUGAUGUCGCUACCACCGGAGAUGCUCGAGAACAUCCUCCGUAGACUCCCCUUCGACAAGUUGGUCCGCACCUGCUGCCUCAACCCUGCCUGGCAUCGCCGCUGGGAGUCCAUCCCCAACCUCAACAUCUGGUUCAGCGCGGGGUCCAACGCCGUCCCCGACGCCCACGUACUGUGGCGGUGCGCCGCCCCCGUCUGCAGCUUCACGGCCCGCGUCCGCAUGCCUCACUUCUACCGCGCCGCCCGCUGGCUCCAAGCCCUGGCGCUCAAGCGUGUCGAGAAGCUGGUCCUCAAGUUCGACAACCCCUGGUUUUCCCGCUCGGCCGGCGUCCUGGGCCCCGCCCUUUUCGCCUGCCGUGAGCUCACCCACCUCGAGCUCUGUGGCUACUGCCACUUGCCGCGCGCCCCCCAUGGCUUCGGAGGCUUCCCCAACCUCGUCACCCUGCUCCUCAGCCAUGUGGCCUUCCCUUUCAGUGGCGGCGCGGCGCAGCUCGAACACCUCAUCUCCUCCGCGGUGGACCUCACGGAGCUCUCCUUGAACGACGUCAAGACCAGCCACUUCGACGACGGUGCUCCCGCGCAAAGAUGUGCCAUCCGGGCGCCCAAACUGCGCGUGCUCAAGCUGAUCAUGUUCUUCGACAACGGAUGCCGGCUUUCAGAGGAGUUUCCGUUGCUGGAGGAGGCUAUCAUCUCCAUUGAUGACCUAUUCUGGACCCCGGACUACAUCAACACUUUCCGACGGAUCCGUAAUGCAAAAAGACUUCUGAUCGAGACCGACUCAAUUCAGAUUAAUGAAAAUCCGCUGCAAGGGAUUUCAUGGAAGUUUCAAAACUUGAAGGCAGGACACCUGAGUGCAAACUUUGGCAAACUCCCUAGCAUUAUGUCGAUAUUUUCUUUACUGAGAUCUGCCCCUCACAUUGAAGAACUCCAUAUUGAGGUAGAAAUAACUAAAAGGGAUGAUGAAAAUGAUGAAGACUUUGCAAAUGGAGAGAUAGAUGAUCCUGACGAUGCCAUUGAUGAAGACAUUAUAAAGGCAGAGAUAAGUGACGACUUGUUUGCUAAUCUCAAACACGUCUCACUGGAUGGUAUCAAGUGCUUACCAAAUGACAUAUGGUUUAUGAAGUUUGUGCUAUCCAAAACAAGAUUGCUUGAAUCAUUUAUUGUCACUUUCGGCUAUCGACAAAUAAGCAAGUCUUAUCUAGAUGCAUGUACAGAGUUAGCAAUGUGUCAAAAGGCGUCGCCCCAAGCUAAGCUCAUGGUCAGGCUUAGAGACGAACCAGACUCAAUCUGAAGGUCUCUUAAGUACUUUAAAACUAGUUGCCACCUUUUUAAAACAUUGGAUGAAUAAAAGAUGUAGCUGUUGAUUGUUGUUGUCCAAACAGCUCGUUUUCCUCUUGAGGUGUAAUUGAAUAUUCAGACGUAUGGAUGAACCAAGAUGUGGAAUUUGGCAAGUGCCUAAUAGAGAAAUGGUUGUAUUUUGUUUCAGGUUUAUGUCC